AUGACGAAGAAAAAUACCGACAGCGCGGAGCUGGCGCGGCGUCUGGAUGGCCAGGUCAUGGUUGUUCCCGACUUGAAGGGGAUGAUGAGCCAUUGGCCGUCGGGGAAGAACGCGCACUGCUCGGACAUCGAGGCGCAGAUCAACGAGAUUCUCGAUCGGACGGCUUCGGCCAAGGAUAAGGCCAAUGUGAUGGAGGCGAACCCCGCCUUGCUCGCAUCUUGCCUCUGGCCCAACGCGUCGCUGGAGCAGCUCAAGACCCUGACCCAGAUGGUGCUCUGGCAGGGCCGCCUCGAUGACUACAUCGAGACGUUGGAGUACGAGGAUGCGGAGCGGGCUCGAGAGUUCCGCCUCAAGACGAAGGAGUACAUCGCCCUCUAUCUCUUGCUGUCGGACGUGCCUAGGGACCCGCCCACUGCGAGCGUGGUCGCCGAUUUCCAGCAGAUCGCGUACGUGAUGUGCCGGAACUAUGACAAAUACCAGCGGAGGAACUUGAGAGUCAGCCUGUUCGACUACAUCGACUCGACCAUCUCGGAGAUGAGAUACAUCCAGAGCGGUGAAGUACCGACGGACCGGUACUACGAGGAUCUUCGCAAGCGGACGGCGGGUGCUGGGCCGUUGUGUGCUUUGGCCGAGUUCGUCGCGGGAACUCAGUUGCCUGGAUUCGUGAGCGGCUCGACGCCGUAUAAGCUCAUGUUGGAUGCUGUAUGCACCAUCGUCGGACUGACGAACGACCUGCUAUCGCUGAGCAAAGAAAUGCGCAAAGGACGAACAUUCAACGUCGUGCCUGUACUCCUCUGGAACGGCGAUCACGGCGAGCUGCAGGAGGUGGUCGAGCACGUUGUCGGAGAGAUCGAGAAAUGCGUGAAGAGUUUCGACGUCUGCGAGGCGAGAUUGAUCCGCCAGCACCGCGGCGAGGCCGAGGAGAUCAAGCAGGUGACCGAGGCUCUGAAGACCAUCUGCACCGGCAAUUUGACUUGGAGUCUUGAGUCAAAAAGAUACAACGUCGGCGCGCCGGAGGAUGACGGGAGUUUGAGGCAGGAGCUGAGGGCCCAUUGA